CGGACGAAGUGUUGAUUUGAGAGAAAGGCGUGUAUUUACAAUGUAUCAUCCUCAGAUUUGUAUCAACGAAUGUAUUUUGUUGCUUCCGCUCUGUUCGGUCAGGUUACUUUUUCUAGCACUGAGCGCGUGGCAUGUAUAGAUAUUGCAUUGCUGCUCUUGGGUAGAGAAUCGUUCUCUUCAAGGUAUGCAAUCAUUUUAAACGAACACUUGCCGUUUUCCUGUUAGACAUGCUCAUCGUUUGUAGUAAAUUAACUUUACUCGUGUAACUGCUUGUUUUUAGGCUGUAGGCCUCGUAAUGCCUCGGUCUAUAGUCGCUUUGUGAAUCGGUCAAGCUUCGCUCAAGAUCCAGGACAUUGGAAUUGUGAGCUCUGAAGAGCACGAGAUACCAUACACUGUUGAAUAAAAGCAUAGAGUCUAUGACUUCACUGUGGGGUAGGCUGGAGACAUGCACUCACCAUCAAGGAAGGAAUUUGUGUCUUUAACCUUCACUGGAAGUGGCAACUAUAACAACAAACAGUGGAGAAGACAGUCCUGCUGGAGGAAAUGGAAACAGUUAUCCAGAUUGCAGCGCAACCUCAUCCUCUUCACCGUGGCUCUCAUGUUAGUUUGUGGGAUUGCCACUUACCCCACUGUCACAGAACACUUCAGAGGCCUUACUGUUGUUGUGAAGGAAGAUGAGGGCCAUGUUCUGAAACUGGUCAUCCCUGAGGUCCUACCUGAGUCGGAUAAACAGAACCAACCACUAGUACCAGAGCCACCUUCAGAGAAGCAGAAGAGGCCACCCCACAAGCGGGGGCCACCCGGCCUGCAGAACCGUCUGCAAAAGAAAGGCACCGGGUCAGAUAUCCAGGUGAAGGAGAAUCCAAUUCAAGAAGCAAAGAAAGCUGACAAAGAAAAGGGAGAGAAGCCACUUGUUAAGCGUGGGGCCUUGAUUGAGGCUGACCAAGCCACUGAAGGAGGAACUGCCAAGGAAGCAGAGAACAAGGUGGCUGUCCCAGCGGUUGAGCAAGGGGACCAUUCACACGAGCCAGAAUUCGAUAGGCUUGAGGCAGUACGAGAUGCUUUCAGACAUGCGUGGAAGGGAUACAAAGAGUUUGCCUGGGGCCAAGAUGAGCUGAGGCCCAUCUCUAAGUCUUAUGGAGAGUGGUUUGGCCUGGGCUUGACCCUGAUUGAUGCACUGGACACCAUGUGGAUCCUCAACCUCAGAGAAGAGUUUGAGGAGGCUAAGACCUGGGUGUCAACGGAGCUCUCCUUCAAUAAGAACGUUGAUGUGAACCUUUUUGAGAGCACCAUCCGUAUCCUGGGCGGCUUGCUGAGCACUUACCAUCUGACUGGAGACGCUCUGUUCCUGGACAAGGCUAAAGAUAUAGGAACGAGGUUAAUGCCUGCCUUCAACACCCCGUCCAAGAUCCCCUACUCAGAUGUGAACAUUGGGAAGGGUACGGCCCACCCCCCUCGAUGGACGUCGGACAGCACUGUUGCUGAGGUCACCAGCAUCCAGCUAGAGUUUAGGGAGCUGAGUCGCCUCACUCAGGACACACGCUACCGGGCUGCAGUGGAUAAGGUCAUGCAAAAAGUCCACAAGCUGGAAGGGAAGCAGGACGGCCUCGUCCCCAUGUUCAUCAACACCAACAGCGGCCAGUUCACCCAUCUGGGGGUCUUCACCCUGGGCGCACGAGCAGAUAGCUACUACGAAUACCUCCUUAAACAGUGGAUACAGGGAGGCCAGAAGGAGACGGAAUUGCUGGAGGAUUACCUGCAGGCCCUAGAGGGAGUGAAGAAGAACCUGCUUAAGAAGUCAUCUCCUAACAGCCUGACCUUCGUAGGGGAGCUGUCCCAUGGUCAGUUCAGCCCCAAAAUGGACCACCUGGUGUGUUUCCUCCCUGGGACCCUGGCUCUAGGGGCCCACCACGGCCUGCCAGCCGACCACAUGGAGCUGGCCAAGCAGCUGAUGGAGACCUGCUACCAGAUGUAUGCCCAGAUGGAGACUGGCUUGAGCCCUGAGAUCGUCCACUUCAACAUGCACGAGGGAAGCAUCAGAGAUGUAGACGUCAAGCUUGCAGACAGACACAACCUCCUUCGCCCUGAGACGGUGGAGAGCUUGUUUUAUCUGUACAGGUUCACUAAGGACAGGAAGUACAGAGACUGGGGCUGGGAGAUCCUCCAGAACUUCAACAAGUACACCAAGGUUUCUACUGGUGGCUACACAUCCAUCAACAACGUCCGGGACCCAGAGUACCCCAGCCCCCGGGACAAGAUGGAGAGUUUCUUCCUGGGGGAGACUCUCAAGUACUUCUACCUGCUGUUCUCAGAUGACCCGGAGCUGGUCAGUCUGGACAAGUAUGUGUUCAACACAGAGGCCCACCCCCUGCCCAUCUGGCCUUCUGCUGAGUGAGCGAUACACCAGCCAAGUCAACGGGAUACAUGCACUACUGUUCAGAAGUCUGGGGUCACUUAGAAAUGUCCUUGUUUUAAGGAAAAGCUUUUUUUGUCCAUUUAAAUUAACAUCAAAUUGAUCAGAAAAAACAGUGUAGACAUUGUUAAUGUUGUAAAUGACUAUUGUAGCUGGA